GACUUUACAAUGGUACAGUGGAGUUAGCGAAGGGCCGAGGAGAGUCGGAAGUUUGUCAACGAGGAGGAAGAAGAAGAAAGGGGAGGAGGUGAGUUCGAGAACGAUAUGUGAUUUGAUAAUGGCCGAGUCCGUUGAAGCGAGCGAAGCGCCGGCCCCUGGUGGGUUGCUGGGAUGGUUGGCCACGGCGAUUAUAGGAGUGGUGGUCGUUUUGAUUCUGACUUUCAAGCGCCAAAAAUCCGAGAAGCUGAAGAAGGAAGCUGAAGAAUUUGCGAAAGCUAAUGCGGUGCAACAACCGCAGCCGGCUGUGCAUGCUUCCAAGAAAAGUGCCACAGCUGCUGCGAAAGCCAAGGCAGCGGCAGUUGAAAAGGCACAUGCUCCAAGACAUCACCUGGACUUGGUCACUUUGAAAGGACAUGGAGAUGUAGUGACUGAUGUAGCGUUUACCUCAAACGGUCGAGGUCUCGCCACAGCUUGUGCAGACCAAGUGGUCCGAGUAUUUAAGUUGGAGGAUGCAUUCAGCAAGAGCUUUAAAUUUUUACGCCUCAAUCUUCCUAGGGGCAGUACUCCCACUGCUGUUACAUUUGGAGAAGGUGCAUCCCAAUUAGUGGUCGCCACUCAGGACAUAGGGGGAGCAGGGUUGUGCAUGUUUGCUUCUGGAGGGGCCAAGCCAGCAGCAGAUGCAAAACAGCCAGGAAAGCUACCCUUGCCGGAAAUCAAAUGGGAAAAGCAGCACAUACACGAUCAAAGAAACAUAAUAUCCCUAAUUGGUGCUCCUGCAAGUUUUGGAACCGGGGAUGGAGGUGUUAUCGUAGCUUCUUGUUCUGAGGGUACGGACAUCAAGCUUUGGAAGGCCGCAGAUGGUAAAAACGUUGGAAAUGUUGAUACGAAUCAGCUAAAGAAUACCAUGGCAACUGUGUCACCAGACGGUCGAUUCCUUUCAGCAGCAGCAUUUACUGCAGAUGUUAAGAUUUGGGAGCUUGUAUAUGGUAAAGACGGACAAGUUAAAGAAGUGACGAAGGUCAUGCAACUCAAGGGACACAAGAGUGCAGUGACAUGGCUCUGCUUCACCUGGGACUCUACGCGCAUGAUCACUGCUUCCAAGGAUGGGACUAUUCGAGUGUGGAAUAUCAACGUAAGAUACCACCUAGACGAAGAUCCCAAAUGUUUGAAGACCUUCCCAAUCCCAUCGAAGGAUAAGAAUGGGAAGCCGCUACUCGUUGACAGGCUUGCAGUCUCUCCAGAUGGAAAAGUUCUUGCGCUGACCCACGGUACUUUGUUACAGUGGCUCAGUACAGAAACUGGAGAGGUACUAGAUUCUGCAGAGCAUGCUCAUGAUGGGGAGAUAACAUCCCUUGUAUGGACACCUCAGCCUGUUCCUACAGAACGUGGGAAGGCACCAAUUUUGGCCACUGCUAGCACAGACAAAAGAGUAAAGCUAUGGAUGAUUCCCAGUGUAGAAUAGAUCAGAUAAUUUUUGUGAGCCUGAAAUGAAAUUCAGAUAAGUGGAGCAGAGGAACAGAUAUGUUGGAUGUUUUUGAUCGUUAUAACUCGCACCAAUCAAUCAGAAUAGCAAUUUCUACGAUUGCAGAUUUGAGGCGCACUACACCUAGAGACUUUUUUUACAAUGGCCGAAAGGAGUAGCGGAUAUGUUCUUAAAGUUUUUGGUUUUUGAGUUAUCAUCAAAAACAACAUAAUUCAUUCGACGCAGAACUGCGGAUAAGGAUACACGCGGGCAAUGUCCUGUUUCUCAGGUAUACAACUGUUUCUGUCUGCUUGACAUGGAG